AUGUCGAGGAGGGAAGAAGUGUUCUACCCUCAGGAGCCGGGCUACGAAGAGCGAAGGACGCUCAGCGGAACGAGUGGACACGCCGUCGAACGCGAACCAAAUCGAGCGGGAACAGCAAACAGAGAAGGAGCAGUGAGCAUCAUCCCCGGUCUUCUCUUCCAGCAUGUCGUUCAAUUUUUCUCCCACAACGAAGUUGUCGACGUGACUCCUGGUUUGACGAAGCUGCUCGUGGUCGAUAAUCGCCUCUUUGUCUCGACUGCGCUCCAGGCUUUGAAGGAGUUCUUCUACCGGCCCUUCCCGUGCGCUCCCUUUACGCCCGCCCCUCGCCGCUCCUCCCCGGCUUCGCCUUCGCACCCCGUGGCCGACGGCGAGACGCUCUCUGCAUGCGCUGCGGAGCUUGUGCCACGGUCACCUCGCGACGCUGCGUGCCCGUCGCCCGCCUCACGCGUUUCUUCCCAGCCGAAGAGACAGCCGGCGUCGCCCCCGCCCACCGUUCUGUCUCCCGCCACGCUGGGCGCUGCGGCGUUUGCGGGCGCCGACCCGCUCGCCGCCUUCUCGCCCCCAGAGACCGGUGCGCAUGCCUUUUCGCCGUCCACGCAUCAUGCCGCCGCAAAGGCUGUCGGAGGCGCGUGCGCCUCCCCCCCGAGCGACGAGAGAGACGCUGCGCGUCAGGACCCGAAGCUGCGGAGUGAGAAGGACGAGCGCGCGGGCACGCGCCAGUCACCGCUAGCUCGCGGCGCCUCGUCUCAGUCGCUGGACAGAAAGCCGUCUCUCCCCGCUGUCUCGUGCCUGCGCAUGCGCAGCGACUUGGCGCGCGGGAUCGGCGCGCAUGGCGUGUGGCUCUACGACGAGACUGCGAAAGUGAUCACGGGUUUCAUGGACGACAGAGAGCUCUGCGCCUUCUUCAUCUGCUGGGCGUACUGGCUGAGGGCGAAGCACGGCGGCGCGCCGUCGCCCAAACCCGGCGCGGGCCGAAAAGGCAAGGGAGGACGAAACGGGAAACCUGGCGACUCCGCCUCGGCGGGUUCGCGAGGCACGGACAGGAAAGGGCGAGAGCCUGCCGGGAGGGACGAGGUCGAAAAGCGAGAGGCGUGCGAGGAAGGGCGAGAACAUUCUCGCUCUCAGUCCAGUGUGCACGCGUCUGAUCCUCAAGAGCAUCUCGGCCAGCGAGGCGAAGACGCCGCCCCCCCGUCUUCUGCCGUGUCGCCUUCCCGCCCUUCGAGUUCGACCUCUCCCUCGGUCUCUGUCCCGGCUUCUCGCCCGUGUUCCUCGCCUCUGCCGUCCUCGAUCUCUGAUGACGGCGCGCAAUCGGAAGAGACAGUCUUCGCCAUUCUGUGUGGGGCGCCGCCGCCGUGGACAUGGACCUUUCAGCAGUGGAGAGGUGAGUGGCGUUCACCUGCGUUUCUUUCGGGCGUCUUCUCUCACCCUUCCCUCUUCGUCGUUCCGGCUGUCUCGGCUGCGGGGUCGGUCCUGUCGUCCAUCGUAUUCUCUUCAGCCCCUGAGCUCCCUUUUCUCGCGUUCUCUUCCUCCUCGGUCUUCUGCUUCGAAGUUCCCGCCCUCUCUUUCCUGGCUUACCUCUCUUGUCUUAGUUGGGUCCUCUCGCUCUUUUGCACUCCCCGUCGGCUCAUCUCGGUGUCUCUUCUCCCGUCCUUGUCUUGGCAUGAGAGCCACCGCUCCGGCUUUCGCUGUCUCCGCGGAUUGCUGUCUCCCUUUCUUUGCCUGUUCAGCCUUCUACAAGACGCCAUCGCCCGUGCUGUACAUCGAACCCAACAGACCGCCGCUCGAGGCCUUGCUGCUUCAGCUGCAAAACAGGCGCCCAUGAUUGUCAUCACUUUGAGAGCGCUCCUCGCCCACGCCGUGCAGCACCUACGGGGGGACCUCCCCGAGUUCGAUCUUCACGUGCACCACCUGCAAGUUGGGACUUUCGAGAACAUCGUGACUGUGGGGUCAGGGGAGUCAGUUUUGAGCGUUAUUGAAACCCUCGACGAAAGCGACAUUUCUGCCGUUCCUGUCGUCAAUUCACGCGGCGCUUAUGUCGGAUGCUUCACACGGCAAAGUUUUCUUCUUCUCGCCUUGCAGGCGAUUCACAACAACACCCCCUUCGAUAUUGAACAGCCAGUCGGCGAAGCUCUCAGGCAACUCAAGCACCAAGAGGAGCAACUCGAGCAACAGCGACAAGCCCGCGCGGCAGCGGCGCUCGUCGCGGCGAAUCCCCCAGACCAACAUCGUCUUGCGUCUUCCCUCUACUAUCACACCUUCCGUGCCUCUGCCUACUACGGUUCGGCGUGCCGCACUCAAGACGCCUUUGCAAGUCGGGCUGGGUACUCCCGCCCCGGUCUCUCGCCAGAGCCGUACGCCGCUUAUGGCGUCGCACCCUUUGGAGCCUGUCCCUCUGGAGACGGCUCGGGAACUUCUCAAGGGGCGAAGAAACCCGUGCUCGACUCGGUCGUUCGCCUACCGCACAGACCUGGCGUCGGCUUUGGGCUGAUGAGCCGAAUGACGAGCCGAGAAAGUCGACGCUUGGACUCGCAAACCGGAGGCUUGCUGGUUGCUUCGGUCUCUCUACGGGACGCUCUUCUUCGCGUGCUGUUCUCUCCCUACCGCCGUGUCAUUUUCCUCGAUCACGAACCGCGUCUGCGGAAUAGUGACGGCGUCGGACCUCGCCGAGUUCCUCGUGGGAUCUGGUCGGGCUCUUUCCUCUCGUGCGUGCACAGAGAGCGCGUUUUCUGA